AUGGAACCCCUCUACCAGGCUGAGUCCAUUCUCAUGACAGUGAAUACCCUACAGGGGAAGAAAACGGUAGAGAGUGGCCUCUAGUCUGGAGAUUUUUCCCUGUCCCAGUCAUGGCCCUCCUGCCUCCCACCACCCGCUGACUUGGAGAUCCUGCAGCAGAAGGUGGACGGGGUGCAACGGGAACUGGAGGACUUUAAGAAAGAGGCAUUGAAGUCCAUCCAUUACCUUGAAGAUGCUUUCUGCAAGAUGAAUGGAGCCCUGGCGCAACAGGAGGAGCAGGCGGCUCACGUGAGGCGGAGGCUAAGGGAGGAAGAGGACCGUGGCAUCGGGCACAGCAAGGUUCUCAUCUUCCUGCUGCCCCGGGAGCACUGCAAGCAGCUGGAGGACCUCCUGCUGGACAGGUGCCGUGACGCCCUGCGCGCCACCAAGAAGAGCAAGGCUGACUGAGCCUCGUGGGUGGCACUAGCCAAGCACCAAGUUGAAGAUUUUUUUUUUUUUUUAGUGGAAGGAGAAACCCCAAGUCCCCACCCCCUUGCUUUCCCUUCCUCAUUUCCAUUGCUUUCCUUCUAUCUAAAUAACACCUUGCUGAGAGGCAAAAAGACUUCAAUGUGUCUUUGUUUUUUUUGGUGAAAUUCCAUUUAUCCAGCAUUCUCAAGGAAGAAGUCACCCCAGUACUGAGUCAGGCCCCUGAAACUUUCACUUGAACUGUUUUCCUGUUUGUGAUGGUACUAUUGCUCAAUGUAUACCUUUUUAUUUGUACAGUAUAUUCUUAAACUGAUUGUGUUGAA